CGCAGGCGCGCAGCCGCUUCAGCGUGAGUGCGCGCAGCGGCGCGCCUGUCCCCGCGCGGGCCCCGUAGCGCGUGUGCAGCCUGACGCAGCCCGCGGGCCCUCCUCCUGCUCUGCAGCGGCGGCGGCCGAGUUUUGGGCGUCUGGGAGGGGGCGAGGGACGAGAGUGGAGAGAGGGCGGCGGCGGCGGCGGCGGCGGCGGCGGCGGCGGGCAGGAGGGGGAGGAGCAGGCGCCGCCAUGGCCGCCGCGCUCACCGACAUGGCCGACCUGGAGGAGCUCUCUCGCCUGAGCCCUCUGCCCCCUGGCAGCCCGGGCCCGGCGGCGCGGGGCAGGGCCGAGCCCCCCGAGGAGGAGGAGGAGGAGGCGGAGGAGGAGGAGGAGGAAGAGGAGGAGGAGCAGGCGGAGGCCGAGGCGGUGGCGGCGCUGCUGCUGAACGGCGGCGGGGGCGGCGGCGAGGCGGAGACGAUGUCGGAGCCGAGCCCCGAGAGCGCCAGCCAGGCCGGGGGGGACGAGGACGAGGAGGAUGAGGAGGAGGAGGAUGAGGAGGAGGAGGAGGAGGACGGGAGCAGCAGCAGCGGCGCGGGCGAGGAGGAGAGCAGCGCCGAGAGCCUGGUGGGCGGCGGCGGCGGCAGCAGCAGCGACGAGACGCGCUCGCUGAGCCCCGGCGCCGCGAGCAGCAGCAGCGGGGAUGCGGACGGCAAGGAGGGCCUGGAGGAGCCCAAGGGGCCGCGGGGCGGCCAGGGCGGCGGCAGCAGCCGCAGCAGCGUCGUCUCCAGCGGCGGCGACGAGGGCUACGGCACCGGGGGCGGCGGCGGCAGCAGCGCGACCUCCGGGCGCCGGCGCGGCAGCCUGGAGAUGUCGUCGGAUGGGGAACCGCUGAGCCGCAUGGACUCGGAGGACAGCAUAAGCAGUACUAUAAUGGAUGUAGACAGCACAAUUUCCAGUGGGCGUUCAACUCCAGCAAUGAUGAAUGGACAAGGAAGCACUACUUCUUCAAGCAAAAAUAUUGCGUAUAAUUGUUGUUGGGACCAGUGCCAGGCUUGCUUCAACUCUAGUCCAGAUCUGGCAGAUCACAUCCGUUCCAUACAUGUAGAUGGUCAGCGAGGAGGGGUGUUUGUUUGCUUAUGGAAAGGAUGUAAAGUAUAUAACACUCCAUCAACCAGUCAGAGUUGGUUACAGAGGCAUAUGCUGACACACAGUGGAGACAAACCUUUCAAGUGUGUUGUCGGCGGCUGCAAUGCCAGCUUUGCCUCUCAGGGAGGGCUAGCUCGCCAUGUUCCCACCCACUUCAGUCAGCAGAACUCCUCAAAGGUUUCCAGCCAGCCAAAGGCCAAAGAAGAAUCUCCUUCUAAAGCUGGAAUGAACAAAAGGAGGAAAUUAAAGAACAAAAGACGACGCUCAUUACCACGACCACACGAUUUCUUCGAUGCACAAACACUGGAUGCGAUAAGACAUCGAGCCAUAUGCUUUAACCUCUCAGCUCAUAUAGAAAGCUUAGGGAAGGGACACAGUGUUGUUUUUCAUAGUACUGUAAUAGCUAAGAGAAAAGAGGAUUCUGGAAAGAUAAAACUUCUGCUUCAUUGGAUGCCUGAAGACAUUCUGCCUGAUGUGUGGGUGAAUGAAAGUGAACGACAUCAAUUAAAAACUAAAGUAGUUCAUUUAUCAAAGCUACCCAAAGAUACUGCUUUGCUUUUGGACCCAAACAUAUACAGAACAAUGCCGCAGAAGAGGUUGAAGAGCCCAAUAUGGAGAAGAAUCCUAGUCCACACUGAUAAAAUAAAUGACAAAUGGGAAAACUACAUUUAUCACAAGAAGUGCAAAGGGUCUGAGAUUCUGCCCUACUUGUCAGCUAACAAGUUAGCCUGCCGUGGUUUCACAGAUGCUGGCAGAAGACAUGAACUUCUUGGGUCAGAGACAAAGCACUUUAUUAAUUGUUGCACAACAAGCAACAUGAGCUUCACAUUUGUACAAUUAUUCUUGUCCUUCCAAGUGCCACAGGGGUGUCAUGGAGCAGCCUAUGUGGAUAAAUAUGCAGUGGGUUUGUGUUCCUCCUGAGGAACUCUUAAGCUUAAGAAACCCCAAAAUUUCAUAGUGGAUUGCAAGCAAAUCUGAACAAACUUUACCCUAGCCUUAUAUUUGCCAUUGUUAUUAUGUUUGACUUUCAUGGUUCUUAAGAUUGUAGCAUAAUUUUCCAUUUUAUUUGAAGUCAGUUCACUUUUGUAAUCACUUGAUGUUGCUCUUGCUUUAGGAAAGAAAUAAUUUUAAGACCACAUUAAUUAUGUUGCAGCAGUAAUUGUGUAGGAGUGUCAGGUUGGUACAGUUUGUAUUUAUAGUGUAUUUCUGUUCUUUCCAUAAAUAUGCUACAGGCUCAUUCACAGCAAUGAUUUAGGCACCCAACAUCCAAGUUUUUCUUUGCUCUUCUGCCUUUCCCAUUCAUUCUCUCCUCCUUCUCCACUGUCUUUUUCACUACCCUAUUGAGUCUCUAGACAAGGACUGGUUCAUGUUUUUCUGCAGAGGGAUUGCAGACUGUAUUUCACAGUGAAAUUUCACAGUGCAAUUGAAUCUGAGGGUGGUGUUAAAGUCUGCUUAACCUACAGCUGUUCUUGACUCUUCCUAUCAAAAGGAGCAUUAAAAAAAUUGGCCAAGUAUAUGGCAUGAAUUUAAGAUUGUCAGACAGAUGAGGGUUCAUCAGCCUUAAAAAAAUAUCUUGCUACAACAGUUUCCAUUUGAGUACCAGAAAGCACCAGAGAUCUUUGGGUCACAUGUUAAUUUUGUAUAAAAAGAUCAAUCUCCACACUCUUUGAUUUUACUGAGGCCCAGAUGAAUCCCAUCCCCUUGACUGUGGCUUGCAUUCCAUGAAAAUUUGCAUGCCUUUUAUGAUUUUCCUGCCUUUUUCAUGGAUAUAUUUUAAAAUCAUUGUGGUCUAAGUGUUUAAUUCUGGAAGAACCAAAGUGAUAAAGAGCUGGAAUUGCUUUAUAUCCUACCAUCUGUUUUACCGUUUGUCUUCUGUAAUGAGAACAUUAAGUUGAGCGUCCCUCCCUACUUCUCUUUAAGGUUCUGAUUUAGGGCACACGAGCAGGAGAUGAACCAUAUGUAGGGCUUUCCGGACAGUAAGGGUUAGUUGCCAAAUCUUUUAUGAUGACCAUCUCCUGAGCAAUAAGUUAUACAGGAGGGCAGUUCAUUGAUCUUUUUUUCCAAUUUGUGUACAAACUAUGUAGUUAAACAUUUGUGACUAUACAAGGUGGUAAAAUGAAAUUACCUAUGGCAUAGGUGCAAAGCUACACUUGGAAGGGAUUUCCCUGUGUUUGCUUAUUUGGGGUACUAUCAAGCUGGUUAAUGUUUUAAGAAUAUUUUAGAAGGGAAACAAGGGAAAAAUCUGGAAAAAUCUGAUUUCUAAGCAUCUCUUCACUAGGGGCAUACAGCAGGCUGUGGGUUUUUACUUUAGGCAUAUGAACACCAAAAGAAGACUUGUUGGAUACUAUAAAAUAGCCAAUUUCUCCAUCUGGUUUUCAAUAUGGAUAAAGAUUUGCUGCUGCAAGUCUGGAUUGAAUGCCAUGUCUCAGUUAGUUUAUAAUACAAAUAUGGAGGGUCUUUUUAGUUACAGAACUUGAAGUGUGGUCCAAAGAAUUAAACUCUCUUACAAGUAUUCAGCAAAAAUGGGGUAGAGAUAAGAGCAAUACGAUUUUAUUUAUAAUUUGCUCUACAUAAUUUCUAAAAGUGAUUUUUUUACAUCCUCAGGAAUUUGGCAAAGAAUAGAAAAAUCUUAGACCCAGUUACUUGUGUUAGAAUUGAAAUUGGGCUAAUAAAGAAGACUCUUUGAAUCUGGUAUUGUUUCCUUUGAGGAAGUUAUUUUAACAAAAAAUUAAACAUGUUUUAAUUUUUUAAAAGGGACAAAAUAUUUAUCAUUCUUGAGAUAUAAUUGGCAUAUUAGUUUGAGGUGUACAAAAUAAUUUGGUAUGUGUGCAGCAAAAUCAUCCCAGUAAGUCUAACAUCCAUCACUACACAUAGUUCAAAUUUUUUUUCUUGUGAGGAGAACUUUUAAGCUUUACUCUCUUAAUAUAU